AUGGUAUCUUCAACGUUCUCCUUCCUCAGAGCGCUUCUCUUUGUCGCUAGCGCUGCAGCCCAGUCCACUGCGCCUCAGUACGGCCAGGUAUUCCAACAGUCACAUGACUGCACGCGUUCGGGUGCUAACUUAAGACAGUGCGGGGGUCAAGGUUGGACCGGUGCCACGGUAUGCCCGUCCGGGUGGACGUGCACAUUCUCCAAUUCGUACUAUAGCCAGUGUCUCCCUGGUGGCUCUGGAAGCUCAUCUGGAAGCCCAGUGCCGACGACGACUACGGUCCCAAGCACGAGCGGCGGUAGCUCCCCCACUUCGACGAGCACCUCCCCUAGUGGUACCGUCACUCUCAUUCCUGGCUACUCCUUCAUUCGUGCGGUCGAGGACCCCAACUUCCAUCAAUACCUUCGUUCUGAGGUCCAGAACACAGCUUCGGAUGCCGUCCUCGGCGACCCCUCCACUGCUGCCCAAUUCCAGAUAACCUCCGAUGGCCAACUCAUUCAAAUCCUCCCCGACGGGAGCAACCUCUACGCCGCGGUCGAGGCGCGCGCGAACUCUACUGUCAUGAAGCUCAAAAUGUUGUGGCAGACGACGCCCGCGAGCGGUGACAACGCUGGCACGUUCAUGUGGAGCGGAGACACCGUCGAGUGGUCAAUUCCGACUAUCUCGCGGCCGCAAUUGAACGCGUGGCUUGUCUGUCCUGACGACGCUGGCAACAAGGACGUGUACGUGAACCUUGGUCCCUACGACUACGACACGCCGGCUGGAUGCGCGGACGAGACCAUCCACGCCUACACCGGACCUUAUGCGACUGCCUAG